GUGCCAGGGACUUCAGCACCGCGGAGAGCGCUGAGCGCCGCUCAUUAGCGCUCUCCGCGGUGCUGAAACGAUCUGUUCUGUUUCUACAACUCAUUUAUUCCCACAUCUGUCGGGUCUUUACUGCAGAAACAAGAAACUUUCUAAACCUCGAAACGAAAAACACACAAACACCAACAGGAUCAAGCAUUUACCUUCUGGGAUUAAAAAUCAAAGAAAUAUAAAACAAUUAAACGUAUUUAAAGUUAAAAUCAAGCUGAAGUUUCGGGUUGAGCCUAAAUCCCUCCCCACGUGCGUCAGCGGGGAGAACUGCGCCCACGAGGGAGGGACGAACCCGGUCAGGUUCGGAUCCGGUCCAGAAGGCGCUCACCGACACAGCGAGCGGGUCGGCACCGGGGGGAGUCGGAUUUGGGUUUUAUCCAGAGAUUUUAGAGAAUAAACGGCGUGAACGGACGCGUUCCGGCUCGUUUGGGGAAAGCUGUAAGAAAAGUGAAGUGGAUCCUAAUUUUCUGAGGGGGAAUGAAGCUCGUGGCGAUGUGGACUUUUCUGCUUCUGCUCAUCGGUCUGCAGACACAAGGCGGCUUCUCAUCCAAGGCCGAGGACCGGUUGUUCCGGAAGCUCUUCAGACAAUACAACCAGUUCAUCAGACCAGUGGAGAACGUGUCCGACCCAGUCACCGUGGAGUUUGAGGUCUCCAUCUCUCAGCUGGUUAAAGUUGACGAAGUGAAUCAGAUCAUGGAAACGAACUUAUGGCUCAGACAUAUCUGGAACGACUACAAGCUGCGAUGGACGCCAGCUGAGUUUGAUGGGAUUGAGUUCAUCAGAGUUCCAUCAAACAAGAUCUGGAGACCCGACAUAGUUCUUUACAACAAUGCUGUAGGGGACUUCCUGGUGGAGGAUAAGACCAAGGCCUUGCUGAAGUUUGAUGGAACCAUCACCUGGGUUCCUCCUGCUAUCUUUAAAUCCUCGUGUCCGAUGGACAUCACUUACUUCCCGUUUGACUAUCAGAACUGCUCCAUGAAGUUUGGCUCUUGGACUUACGAUAAGGCCAAGAUCGACCUUUUACUUAUUGGAUCCAAGGUGAACUUAAAGGAUUUCUGGGAAAGCGGGGAAUGGGAAAUCAUCGAUGCUCCUGGCUACAAACAUGACAUCAAGUACAACUGCUGUGAGGAGAUCUACCCAGACAUCACCUACUCCUUCUACAUCCGCCGCCUGCCGCUCUUCUACACCAUAAACCUCAUCAUCCCCUGCCUCCUCAUCUCUUUCCUCACGGUGCUGGUUUUCUACCUCCCAUCCGACUGUGGAGAGAAGGUCACGCUCUGUAUCUCCGUCCUGCUCUCCCUCACUGUGUUCCUGCUCGUCAUCACAGAGACCAUCCCCUCAACAUCGCUGGUCAUCCCGCUCAUCGGAGAGUACCUGCUCUUCACCAUGAUCUUCGUCACACUCAGCAUCGUCAUCACCGUGUUUGUGCUGAAUGUACACUACCGCACACCCAUGACCCACACCAUGCCGUGCUGGGUGCGGUCCGUGUUCCUCAAAGUGCUGCCGAGGAUCAUGCUGAUGCGAAGACCGAUCGAUGAGGAUGGCAAGGCCGGGUGGUUGGACAGCAGUGGGGAAGCAGGGGGAGCUGGAGGGGGAGGAGGAGGCGGAGGAGGAGGUAAAGGAAGGAAGAAGAGGAAGAAUAGUUUGAUGCAGCAGGUCGGAGGAGGAUCCCUCAACUGUUUGGAGUUUGGAGACAGUAACCUCUCGUCAAUGGAGGGCUGCACUGGAAACAACUGCUCCUGCCCCUGCCAGCAUGCGAGGGAGACCCCAGAUACGUCGGACUCUGGGAAGACGAAAAGCCAGCGGAGUCCUCAGAACAUUAAUACAGUGAUGGCUUUCUCCGUGGUGUCGCCCGAGAUCAAACAGGCCAUCGACAGCGUCAAGUACAUAGCGGAGAACAUGAGGAGCCGAAACAAGGCCAAGGAGGUUGAAGAUGACUGGAAGUAUGUUGCCAUGGUGAUCGACAGAAUCUUCCUCUGGGUGUUCGUGACUGUGUGCGUCCUGGGAACCAUGGGCCUGUUCCUUCAGCCUCUUUUUAGUUUUAUCUCAUAGCUCCAACAACGCUUAUGGUUCUCUGAUGAUAAACUCUUAAUUCUCGGCUAACCAAUCAGAGCAGAAGGAUUUAGUCUUGAAGUACCACUGGAUGUGCUGGGUUUGCCUCUGGCCUGUAGCAAAGAAAACCAUUAAAGACCCGGUAAACAAUUCGAUCCUUAUAACCGGAUGGUGGACCCCAUAAAAGUAGCAUUAUAAAUAUCACACCUGAAACAAAACCAACAUAGAAUAAACGUAGCAACUGGGAACAGUGGGAUCAGGUAACCAAACUGAGAGACUGAAUAUUUGACUGGUUUUAUAUGAUGGAAAACAGCUGGGCUUACUGGGCAGAUGGAUAACAGCUGAGUGAAUAA